AUGACAAGAAAUAUUUCGCAUUUUCUGCCUACAAANAGUGCAGAUACUCCAGCUAACUGUACGUACGAAGAGAUCCGUGGACCAUGGCUGUUUACAGUGGGACAAGGUGGACAUGACAAUACGAUCGAUUGCUCCAAGGAAUUCUCAGUGGUUUCAGAACUCCGAGUUGAUCUGCUGUUUCCUGACAUUGCAAUGGAUGAAAAUGGUAACCUGGGUUUCUGGACCAUGAUCUAUAACCAAGGAUUUGAGGUAGUGAUAAAUGACAAGAAAUAUUUCGCAUUUUCUGCCUACAAACAAAGUGGCUCAGUCGUGACUAGUUUAUGCGACCAGACUUUGAAUGGAUGGAGUCAUGAUGUGGCGAAAUACAAACCCGGAAACUGGGCUUGCUACAAGGGUGCGUAUUUUAAUCGGUUCAACUUUGUUAACUUCACUUAACUUAUUAAAAAUAAAAUUACACAUUGAAACCUCGCACUGCUUUUAAAACAGUGCCCGCGUAGUAGUUUUUAGAAUGCGGGGGCCGAUGACCACCUCUUUUGAAGUGCGGGGUGAGGUGCAAAUUUGCUGUUCUCUCUUUGUGGCUGUUUAGAACUAUCAGAUUACUGAACCUUUCUUGAGUCAUUGUUGAGCAGAGUCAUGUUUAUAAAUUUCAACCUGCGGCCUUUCUCCUGCUGAGCCUGAUUGCACAUGCAGGAUCAUAGGCGUACGGGCCCGGGGGCGAGGGGGUCUGCAGCCCCCCAAAUUUUGGGCAACUCAGAUUUUUUGGGCAGCAAGAGAAAAUUUGGGCAAAGCCAGGUUUUAAAGACGUUUCCAUGUUUUUUUAUUAUUUUGAAGAGAUAAAUAUUUUCAAUUUUAAUCUGAAAAAAAUCCUGAAGUCGGCGUAAUAAUCCAGUUACAUUUUCUUGAGACAUUGGUUGCCUAGCACGUGAUGAGUUUAUGUUUAUCAGGGAAGGGUAUCAUAUGUUGAUUUACAUAUUUUCAUAGUUUUUUUUUGUUGAGCACUGUACUGCACUGCACUAACUUGAAUGGGCUCUUUCCAGUCGUGUAUUGAUUAGAAUAAUCUUCCGCUCGUAGAACAGUGUAUGGCAGAUAGCAUUGGCAAUCGGUCUGAAAAUGAAGAAGUGGCUGACUAGUUCUCAGUUCGAUAACGGCCAAACAUCAAAAUUUUCCAUUUUACCAUAUUUUUAACGCGAAAAUAUCCCAAUAACACUCUCUCCCAGUUUCUGUUUUAACUUCACAAACAUUGAGGCGACUAUUUGAGGAAAAAGCUUCCGUGAACGAUUUUGUAAGAACAGUUCCCAGUACCGAAAAAUAUUGCUGCAAGUAAAAUAUAUAAUGGCAUCAUUUCGUUGCUAUGACAACUCUGAUGUCAUUGCAUUCGUGAUCAUGACAAAUUUUCAUCUUUAUCUAAUAAAAUUGUGGUGCGAAUUUCUCCAAAUGUUUGACUAUGGCGACGUAGUUAUGCUCAGAAUUUAGACGUAUUGACCCUGAAAAACUGUUACAGUAUCGAGCCACCUUCAUAUGUCAGUAUGGCCUAUGUUGUUGCAUCGUAUGGCCCUCAUUUCGUGUCGACUGUACGGUUCGUAAAAAUUUGGGCAACUUGCGAGAAUUUUUUGGGCAAAUAGUUUACCGCCCCCCCUGGCAAAAAAUUUCCCGUACGCCUAUGUGUAGGAUCCUCCAGUAGAAGUUUGUAGAUCAUGAUAUUACACUGUAUAUAGUUCCUGUAACCCCUUCAUUUUGUCUAUUAUGUCAUCGGAAUGCGUGGGACACCACAUCAUCAGCCGAUAUAAUUCCUCAGUUUUAAGAAACUGUAGUUCGUGGAGUAAUCCUCAGAUUUAAUUGAGAACCUUCAUAAAAAAGACUCUAUUCUGCAUCGUUGCAAAUGCUACAUAGCCUUGUUGGUUUGAAGAUGCAGAAAUCUAGGACUAAGUGCAGUUUUAUAAAGAUAGGCAUGUUGAGGCUUAUGCACCAGACUUAUGGGAUCGAAAUGGACCAAUAAUUAAUUUAGAUGCUGGAAGAAUCUUAUUCCAACAAAGAUACCAUUUAUAUGAAAAUGUAUAUUACAUAUACUAUAUUAUUAAAGUCUUUGGUCUUAUGAACUAUUUUUUUUAACUCCUGAGUAAUAGUAAAAUAUAAAGCAAUAUGACAAAGAGCCUCAAAUAAGUUAACGAACCUGGUUGUAACAAACACAUUUUGCCAUUCCCUUGGCCCUUCGUUGUAUCGAGGUUCCACAGUACUUAAUUUUAUUUAUUUAUUUUUCAAAAAAUGAAUAUUACAAUAUUCACAAAGUUUUCUUUCCGUAAAAUAGCAGCAAUACAAGGAAAACUCUUGCAUGUGUAAAGGUCGCUUUUCACCAAAAAAUCUGUAAAUAAAUAAAUAAAUUACCGGUAGUCAAAUAAAGAGAUAAAUAAAAUAAGAAAAAAAAUAUAUUUUUAAAUUUUUGAGGUAUGCAUGUGUGUAAGUGUGUAUAUGGUAUAUAUGCGUAUUUUGGCUCGAAGAUAUUAGCUCUUGAGUGCUACACUGUAAAUUGGAGGGUAAAUAAGGUUUAUUGAUUGAUUGAUUGAUUUGAUGGUUGCUACGCCCCUGAUUAUAAGCGUUUGAAUGAAAUUGGUUGAAAUUUUUUUUCAACUGAUCAAAAGUACUGCCCAUCAAAUGCAAACUUUUUGUAUUGAUUGGCACUUGUUUAGGAUAGCUUUUUGUCUUCUGAUUGUAAGCACCCUUUGAUGUAAUCCCCUGUGUUUACAAGCCAUUCUAAAAUUUCUUAUGACUGAAGAUGGAGAGACCCAGGCCUUACAAGGAGCAGUUUAUGUUAUUAAUGUUACUUUCCUUUCAUAGAAAUGUACGUUUUUUUUUCUUUAGGGAAAAAGAUUUCAGGCAUUCCACUACCUAAAAAACAAGAUGUGAAACCCUUCUCUUCACUAAGAAAUAGAAAAUUUAUUCCAAACCAUGAGUUUGUUGAGCAAAUAAACAGUGUUCAGAGUUCAUGGAAAGCUGGAGUGUAUGAGGAAUAUAAUGGGAUGACUGUGGAACAGUUAAUGCGCCGUGCUGGUGGACCUAAGAAAUUCGAUUUUCCCAAGUCAAGGUCUGUUCUGCUACAAUAAUAUCAGUGAUCCUAAGUAUCUAAUUACAAUACAUUAACUAGAUAGGAGUUGAUAUAGCCAUCACAUUGUUUUAUUUAAUUAAUAUACCCUGGUCUUAAUGGUAUUAACUUUAUCUGGACAUUGGCCAAUUGCUUGCAGACAUUGUCUGUUGAGCAAUAGUUGUUUGCAGUUCUGUAAAAAGGUAGCCUGUGCAAGGCUGUGCUCUAACAGAGCCUGGUGGCCCCUGGCACCUAAGUUUUGCUCUUGGGCGACUAGAAAAUCUUAUUUUUUCCAUACAAAUCAUGUGCUGGGCACCCUAGAUUUUACAGGUUCAGAGCACUGGGCUCCCUUCAAUUUUCCUUAGAGCACAGCCUUGCUAACAGUGCUGCAGACACAGGUAACCCCGGUUAAUAAAGUUUGCAAAGCAGUGCUGAUAUCAUUUUUCAAAGCCCCUGAUGGACUCAACAAAUUACUGGAAAAAGCCAUUUUGAAUUACCCAUCAACCUGAUUGACAAAACAACAAUGGCUUUUUAACUGGCCAAUCAUGGUGAGUACUCAAAUCCUUUACUCAGUUGGGGUGGGCAGAACGAGGAUUUUGACACUGUUUCACAGACAGACUUCACCAGAAGUUUAAUUCCUCCUGUGGCACAGGUUAGUAAGGGUGCCUGAGCCAGGUAUUUUUUUUCUUGGAGUUGUUUUCUUUUGACAUUGUCAUUUUGCCUGUUCAAUAUUCUCUUGAGCUAUAAUAAAUUAUCAUAUUUUAUGCCAUUAUAUUACAGUCAAACCUCCAUUAAGUGGCCAGUAAUAAAAGUUCUAAAAUAAUUGUAGAAAAGAAUGAGGAAUUAAAACAGUCUUUUAAGGGACCACCUCGAUUAAGUGACCUUGGCCUCCUUUUGGCUGCCUAUCCCUGCAAUGAGUGUUCAUCCAUUGUUGUCACGUCAGUUUAGCAGCCAUCAAGGAUUUGAUACGCUGAUUUAUUAUAUAAACACCAAUGAAAUACCAAGUGAGCUUUUGCGCGAAAACUUGAUAUCUUCACAUGUGAAAAUAUCAUGUUAUCUUGACAUGUGACAAUAUUACCAUUGCUACAACUAAAUAAUAAAUUGCGCCUUUCACACCAAAAAACUAUUAAAGUGAAAUGGUUUGGUAGUUCAUUGGUGUUUAUAUAAUAGAUCAACCCUCCAAGUUGCGACCAUUUUAGUCGCCAUGGCGCCUAAAAUUUUGGAACUGGCGACUUGAUUUGGAGAAUAGUCGCCAAGCUGGCGACCGUGAAGAAUAGGUUCGUGUUGUGGCGUAUAGAAACAGAAAUGGUAAUCACUUCUACUGAAAUAUGAAGAACAUUUAUUCUAGCUGAUUUGAAUUCCAUUAUUUUUUUACUUUUCCGUUGAAAAACAUUCUAUAUAAUAAACUGAAAAACUUAAAAAAGUCCCAGAGCUAAGCGUUUUUGAAAAUGAACCGUGCGGCGAGUUGAAUCGCGGUUUUGUAAACAAAAGCGAUAAUUGUAAGCGAAACUAAACAUCGCAAAACUGACAGCUUAUGGUUGUUGCAAAAAAUGUUUUUUUUUAAACACCUGUAGCGAUGAUAAAGGAAAAAGAAAAUUUAUUAUUUCGUAAGCGGCUUUUUUGUUUGGCUUCCUUUCAAUUGAUGGGGAAAAUCAUUUUUUCGCAGUACAACUCGUUGCGAAAUAUUUUCACGUGCGCGACGUUAUCUCUAUAAACUAAUGAUUUGAUUUAGAAAACUUGUCGAUCUUCCUAUACUCUCCUGACUUUGUCAGGCUUUCGCAAUGUCUAGCGAUAUUAAAAACGCCCUUUUAAAUCUCCAAAAAUAUUUGUUAGUUGGGGUAACAAGUUCAUCAUCAACAAAAGUCGCAAAAGAUAUGCGAAGCAAAUAUCAGAAAAAAAAAAAAUAGGUCGCCUAUCACCCGAUCAAGUUGCGACUGGGAAAUUUUGAACACAUUAACAGAGGAUGAGUUAAGUUCUGCUCUCAUAUACGAACUGGGGAUUAUACAGAAGGAUUGAAGGCCCUAAAGACAACUGCAAAUGGUAAUUGUCUUUACAAUUCCGUUUCAGUAUUGAUUCAAGGAGAUGAAUCUGCAAACCUUAUUCUCAGACUAUCAGUAACUAAUGCCUUGCACAAUAAACGAGUAUAUUAUAGACAGUGCUGCAUUUUAAGUUAAACUUGCUAACUGCUUUUGUUAAGGACAAUUUUGAUAUAUUAAUUUAUUAAUAUAAUUUGGCCCCUAAAAAUUUCCCCUGGCGACUAAACCCAAAGAGCUGAUCGCCAAAUGGCCACUGAACAAAAAUUUUAACUUUGAGGGUUGUAAUAGAUAGAACAUUACAUGGCUGCUUGGAGAUAUUUUUCAACACUCAAAGAGAAAUUUCGUAUCUCCGCACGGCCAUGUAAUAUCCUCUAUAUCCACUUAGUUUAGCUUCAUUUUAAGAAUAUGAUGAAUGAAAAUACAGUCCGAGAUAGAAGGUGACAACCGAUUGUUGACCUGUAAUGCCUCUUCUGUCAUGCUUUUGUUUCAAAAUAAAGUGCUUAAGAUUUAAAAAAUGCUGGCUUAUGGCAAACCUCUUUUAAGCGGCCACUUGCAAGUUUAACCCUGAGGGUGGCUGCUGAGGUUCAACUGUAUUCAAGUUAGAUGAGGGAAUUUUUAGUUGGAUUAAUUUUUGUUUGUUUUUACUGAUAAUUAUGGGUUUGGUUAGGGUUAGGUUUUCUUAGCAUAGAGAUCUUGACUGAAUUGAAAUAGUAGAUCAAUUGUGGUUGCUAUAAAAACAUUUAUGUAAAUGUAUUUUCAGCAAACUGACAGAGGAACAUCUUGCUGAGUUAAAGGCUCUUCCAGAGGAAUUUGAUUGGAGAAAUGUUGGAGGUCGUGAUUAUGUCAGUCCAGUUAGAAAUCAGGGCGGUUGUGGAAGCUGCUAUGCUUUUGGUACCUUGGGCAUGUUUGAAGCUCGCGUUCGUAUUUUGUCAAAUGGUACUAAAACUCCCGUGUUCUCUACUCAAGAUAUUGUCAGCUGUUCAGAAUAUUCCCAGGGCUGUGAAGGAGGUAUUUAAUUGUUACAGUGACGUUAAUGGAGAGCUGGGUAAUAGGAAAUUUACAUUCAGUGCAGUUAAUUUUAUUUUUACCCAGAUUUGCUCAGUUUCUGCAUUUUAUUUUAUUUAAGUUCUUCUAAGAACAUUUGGAAAACGUUUGGACAUGCUCGAAAUGUUUAUUGUACAUUUUCCGCCAAACCUACUUAUUAUUUUGGCGUCGCCCAAAUAGAGUAAUCGGAAUCGCUUGUUUUGAUUCAAAGUUGCAAUAGGCACGCAAUACGUGCGCACGCAAACAAGCCAAGCAACGCGACUAGAAUGUCUGCCGCGCGAUGUGUCACGACACAGCAUUUAUCCUCAUUGAAUACAUCCCACAGAGACGCGCGGCAAACAAAUCGGCAAUAGAAAUCAAACGUAUUGAAAAAAACAAGGUAUAAUGAGGGAAACAAACGUUUAAAUAAUUUAAAUUUUCCCUUUGGAAAAUAAUUGUUCUCGCAGCACACGGCGUGAAUGUGUUUCCUCCGGAUCAUAGGUACCGAUCAUUGCCAGGAUAUUUCCUCUCAGAGGACUAGUUUUUGCUCGGAAAAGAUAAGCUUAUAAAUCUUAAGCUUACGGUAUUUUUUAUCUUACCUAGAAGCCGGGUGGUUUUUCAGAAAUUUGAAGGUAAAUCUGUCGAAAAUAAUUGGAAUUGACGGGUUUUGCUUCAUGAGUUUGACAAUAGUUUUGGCGGCAGUUAUCGAGAGCGUAAAAAGAUGUCACGCGAAAUUCCGUGAUCAUAAGGUUUUGACGGGCUCCUGCUAAGAGUAACAUUGAAUGAUGCAUAAUUUCAUUGCAGAUUUUCGGAAAGGAGGUUGGAGGAAAUUGUUGUGUUUUUGAACCAAGUGUUUCUUGUGUGUAUUUAUUUCAUAGCGUCAUUGCGAACGAGUUUGAAUUACAACCGGUUCAGAAUACUGCGAGCUUGAUAGUUUGAACGUUAAACAUGAACUACGAUCGAAAAGAGUAAAGCAAUUCUGUUAGCUGUUCAGUAUCAUGUAGACAUUUCCAAACGAUAUUUCUUGGUUUGCUACUUGAAAAUCGAGCAAAGGAGUAGUGACGUCACUGGACGCCAUUAACGGCCGGUAGAUUCAGACGUUUCGAAGGGAGUAAUAACGACUCGAAGUAAUCGGAUGAAAUUCAGGCUAGCUCAAGUUUAUGCUUUGACUCGAAAAUUAAAUUAAAUAAUUAACAAUUAUUAUUGAAUGAGGCUGAGUAUCAUCUGAAGAAUUAUCGGAUAACACCCUCCUCGAUCUCCAUAAUUCUUCAGAGGAUACGAAAGCCGAAUUCAAAAAUUGUUUUUUUAUUCAUUCAAAACAAUUCGUAGUUUAAAAACAAGGUAAAACAUGCUUACCUCUAUCGAUGUUAAGUUCAUCUCCGAUAGUGCAUGUUUAUCAGCAACUUUAGGAGAUAAUGGGUUGUUCAGGUCUGCAAAUAUUCUCCAAAUAGCAGAUGUCGUCCGUCGAGUUGUUUUCUUGCUGUUCUUGUUAUGUUUUUAGCCAACAGCUGGCCUAUUUCUUCCUCGUGAAACGGGUGAAAUAUUCCGUCAUUUUGUAGUCACUACCAAAACAACUCAACCUCGUCUCCCUGUCCCCUCGGUCAACGGUUCAAUAAUCUGGCGAUUUUGCGGCACGCUAUAUGGACGUCAUUUUUCACAUAUAGAAAAAUUCUUCCAAAUUUGGUCGACAGUAGGUAGUUAGGAUGAAUUAUGCGAGAGGUUUAGCCAAUCAGAAACGGAGAAAUAUUUUGAAUGAAUAAUGAUAAUGAUAUUGAUAGUCUAAAAACCAGUAUGAUUAACCAGCGGGGUAGAGUAGGUAGGGGUGAAUACUAAUUUUUUCUGACGUUUCCAGGAUUUCCAUACCUAAUUAGUAAAUACGCUGAAGACUUUGGACUGGUGGAUGAAUCAUGUUUCCCAUAUGAAGGCAGAGACAUGCCUUGUCAGGAAAAGAAGUGUCAGCGGCAGUUUGGGACUGGGUAUCAUUAUGUCGGUGGUUUCUACGGUGCAUGUAAUGAGGCACUAAUGAGAGCAGAACUUGUUAAAAAUGGACCCGUAGCAGUGUCCUUUGAAGUCUAU